UAGUUCACUAGCAUAAAGAGCAAGAAGGGACGUGCUCGAUAACUUCAACGCCCCGUAGUCGCCUAAAAUCAAACACCUCUAAACACACAACAACAAAAAAAACAUCCAAAAAUCAUGGCAGAGUGCGACUGGGACACAGUGACCGUUUUGAGGAAGAAGGGAUCGGCCGCGCAAUCCAAGUCGAAGCAGGCUGUGACUGCAGCUCAGAGAAAGGGAGAAGCUGUGGAAACGUCGAAGAAAUGGGCUGCUGGGCAAAAUAAACAACAUGUUGUAACCAAAAACACAGCCAAGCUGGACAGAGAGACGGAAGAGCUCAGCCACCAGAGAGUGCCACUUGAAGUGGGCAAAGUGAUCCAGCAGGGCCGGCAGAAUAAGGGCCUCACCCAGAAAGAUCUGGCUACUAAAAUUAACGAGAAGCCACAGAUCAUUGCGGAGUAUGAAUGUGGGAAGGCCAUCCCCAAUAAUCAGGUCAUGGGGAAAAUCGAGCGAGCCAUUGGCCUUAAGUUGCGUGGGAAAGACAUUGGGCUGCCUCUCGAAGCCUGUUCCAAGAAGAAAUGAGUACAAAAUCCUCGAAAGAUCCACCAUCCACUGAAACCUCCCAGUGCUAAUAUGAUCUUUACAGUCGAUCUCUGUUAAUUGCUGCAUUACUCUAUUACAUGGUGGACCAGACGCACUCAUUUUACCACCUACACGAAAUGCGUAUUAUCUAACGUUCUAUGUCAGAUGAUGAAAGAAGACUUGGAUUAUUAUCAUUAUUUUUUUUUUAGCCUGCUCACUGCUUUGAAAUAAACUUAUUUCUAUGAAUGACUAA